AUGGUCGACGUGAACGGGAAAAAGGUACUCGUAGGCUAUUGGCACAACUGGGCUUCUAAAAAUGAUGGUUAUCAGAAAGGAACUUCUUCCUCGAUUUCGUUAUCAGAAGUAAGCGAAGCAUAUAAUGUGGUUGCUGUUUCGUUUAUGAAGAGUGAUGGGACCACACGUAUUCCUACCUUUAAGCCGUACAAUAAAUCAAAUAGGGCAUUUCGAGCAGAAGUCUCGACCUUGAAUGCUCAAGGCCGAACAGUCCUCAUCUCAUUAGGCGGUGCGGAUGCACACAUCGUGUUGGAAAGAGGGGAUGAGCAAGCACUUGCAGAUGAAAUCAUCCGAUUAGUCGAAACUUAUGGGUUUGAUGGUUUAGAUAUCGAUCUGGAACAAAGCGCGAUCACAGCAGGUGACAACCAAACCGUCAUCCCCGCUGCUUUGAAGUUAGUAAAAGAUCAGUAUCGUGAACAAGGAAAGAAUUUCGUGAUUUCAAUGGCCCCAGAGUUCCCUUAUUUGAAAAAAUCGGCUUAUCAAACAUAUAUCAAGUCAUUAGAAGGAUACUAUGAUUUUAUUGCCCCUCAAUAUUACAACCAAGGUGAGGAUGGUGUCUGGGUAGAUGAGAUAAAUAAAUGGGUUGCUCAAAACAAUGAUCGAUUGAAGUAUGAGUUUCUCUAUUAUUUAACUAAUUCAUUGAUCCAUGGAAAGGGAGGGUUCUUGAAGAUACCUAAUGAUAAAUUAGUCAUCGGUCUUCCAGCAAAUAAAGAUGCCGCUGGUAGUGGUUAUGUAAAAGACCCAAAAGCUGUUUACCGCACAUUCAACCGACUGGCACUAGACGGUAAACCCAUCAAAGGCCUAAUGACAUGGUCAGCGAACUGGGAUACAGGAAAAGAUGCAAAAGGUGUCCCUUAUGAGAAUGAAUUUGUUACUCGAUACCAACAGGCGAUCCAACCUUAA